AUGGCUUCUCGGCGGGCCCUUCUGGCACUCCCUCGCCUGCUUAACCGGCAGUGCGCAGACGUCGUUCGCCAAAGCCGAGCAUCGAGCUCCUCGUCCACGCAAGCCCUGGCCUACAAAGCAUUGCACCGUCGCAUUGCGCCGCUUCCUACCGAAGACCGUCCGGCAUGGUCUGCCCAGGCCGCUGUCAGCAGCAUUCUCUACGAGACGCCGCUCCCCUCGCAGGCACCUCCGAAGCGUCAUAUCCUGAACUGCUUGGUGCAGAACGAGCCCGGUGUGCUGUCCCGCGUGUCCGGAAUUCUCGCUGCUCGUGGCUUCAACAUUGACAGCUUGGUGGUCUGCAACACUGAGGUCGACGACCUCUCUCGCAUGACCAUUGUGCUGCAAGGUCAGGAUGGCGUGGUGGAGCAGGCCCGCCGCCAGCUUGAGGACCUCGUCCCGGUGUGGGCCGUUCUCGACUAUACCCAGUCUCCUCUCGUACAGCGAGAAUUGCUUCUCGCCAAGGUCUCCAUUUUGGGCCCUGAGUACUUUGAGGAACUCCUUGCCCACCACCGUGAGAUGGCUCACAUGCCUGAGAUCGAGGAGGGUGUCCCGCUAGAGGAGCUGUCCGAAGAGGAGCGCGAAGCAAUCGCCACCGCAGCAGCUCGUGAGACAUUGAAGAAGGACUACCAUCCCGGCAAUCUGCCCAUCAGUCAAGCGCUCAGACAGAAACACGAGCAUCUCAAGGACAUCACUUUCCUGACUCAUCAAUUCGGCGGCAAAGUGCUAGACAUCAGCACUAACAACUGCAUUGUCGAAGUGUCGGCCAAGUCGUACAGAAUCGAUGCCUUUAUGAAGCUCAUCGCUCCAUUCGGCAUUCUCGAAUCUGCAAGGACAGGUCUCAUGGCACUACCGCGUUCUCCGCUGCACGGGCCCAACGAGGUUGAGGAGAAGGACGCACAGGACAUUGUCGACACGAGCACCCUUCCUCCAGGUUAA